GGAAGCGCCGCGUUCCGAUUGGCCGCCGCGGCUGUCUUCUCUGCCGAGGGGCGGGUCCUGCGCCGUGGCGGGAAGCUGCUCCGCCAUGGAGGCCGCCGAGGUGGAGUUUCUGGCCGAGAAGGAGCUGGUGACCAUCAUUCCGAACUUCAGCCUGGACAAGAUUUACCUUAUCGGGGGGGACCUGGGCCCGUUCCAGCCCGGCCUGCCGGUGGACGUGCCCCUGUGGCUGGCGUUGAACCUGAAGCAGAGACAGAAGUGCCGCCUGCUGGCCCCCGCCUGGAUGGACGCCGAAAAGUUGGAGAAGAUGAGGGACCAUGAACGAAAGGAAGAAACUUUCACCCCGAUGCCCAGCCCUUACUACAUGGAGCUCACCACGCUCCUGCUCAAUCAUGCUUCAGAUGACAUCCCGAAAGCAGACGAGAUCCGGACGCUGGUGAAGGACAUGUGGGACACCCGGACGGCCAAGCUGCGGGUGUCCACGGACAGCUUCGUGAGGCAGCAGGAGGCGCACGCCAAGCUGGAUAACUUGACCCUGAUGGAGAUCAACACCAGUGGCGCUUUCCUGACACAAGCCCUCAAUCACAUGUACAAGCUCCGCACCAACCUGCAGCCCUCGGAGAGCGCCCAGUCCCAGGACCUGUAGGGUGGGCCACGCGUCGUGCCGAGGGGCUUGCUGUGGAGCGCUUGGAGGACGCGCAGGGAUGCACCGUGGCUUCCUGCAGUUGGUCCUAACAGCUCCCUGGAAUGCAGCUUCCAGAAGUCAGCUUUCCUCUCGUUGAAGAAAGCACACGGUUUUGACGGGUACGUUGUUUGCUGCAGCACGGCGUUAGGAGUGCUGUGCCCAGCGUCCCGGGGCAGGACUGGUCACCUGCGCGUCACGGAGACGUGGGCCUGGGUUCUGCUCCAGGAGGCGGCUGCUCACCUGGAGACGAGUGACAGAUGGAGUGGUGAUGCCCAGCUGUUUGUUGUUUAAGUUCUGAUGCACAAUAAAAGUGAAGUUAACCCCAUCCAACUUUGUUGGGUUUUUGUCCUGCGUGACUACCGAGAGCAGCAAGGCCUGAAGUGGACGUGCCCUGAUGGACUGGCUGGACGCGUCUUGCCCAGUGAAGGCAGAAGAAUUUGUUUAGAAGGAAGCGAUCGGCUUUGCACAAUGACUAGAAGGUUCUUCAGUACCCAGCGUGUCAGCAGCAGUGCGUGCUGGGCGCGUGUGACUGAGGCAGCCUGGAGCAUGGGGACUGGUGUCUGCCCUCAGGGCCCAAGUCACCUUUCUGUGCUGCUGGCCCCGGAUGAGAAGACGGGCUCGUAACUGACCACACACAGAACAAGCUGCGUGGGGGCAGAGAAGUGACUACGUGCCAGCUGCCAGCAAGCUGCUCCGUACUGCGAAGCCUCCACCCCUGCCACAAGGUCAGACCCUCGGUGCCAGGAACCCCUGCUGGCUGGGACAGGAGCGCCCCACCUCUUCCCCCCACCCCAGUUUCUGGCCACUCCUGGAGAUCCAGGAUCGGGGCUCCACUGAGGCCACAUCCGGGCGGGGAUGGCUUCCUGAGCGGUUCUGUGUAGCUGCCGUGUGCGCGUGUGGAGGCCUCGCUCGCAGCUUGCACAAGCACGGGGCGGUGGCGGAGGUGAGCAGCGCACAGGGCUGGCGGCCGGGGACGGCCCAGCGCCGCAGGCAGCAGUCACUCCCCUUUUCAUGUCCUGACCAGCAGCAGUACAGACACUAAAAAGCAACUUGUUUUUUUUUUCUUUUUUUGUCCAGAAAGA